AUGAUGGAAGAGUGUUCAAAGGGAAGUGGUGCAGCCUGUUCGCCUAAGUUGCUGGAUUUGAUACCCAAAGAAAUGGAGUGGGCUGUUGCUAAAGGGAAAAAUGGAGAUGUUGAGAGGUCAUCAGUGGAGAUCAGGAAGCUUGAGCUCAGGCUCGGUCUGCCUGGUGAUGAUGAAUGGUCCCUUAAGAACACCAACACUGCCAAAAACAUGAAUAGAGAAAGAGACCAUCACGACUCUCUCUUCUCUCUGGGAUACUUCAACCAUGGACAUCAUCAUAACCACCACCACCACUUUCAUCAUCAUCAACCAAGCCACAAAGCUGGUUCUCAUGAGAUGUCACCACAAGUUGGUCCAGUAGCUGGUUCAUCAUCAUCUUCUGUGUGGUUUAAUCAACAGCAGCAGCAGCUGGCUCCACCAUCUUCCUUUCUUCAGUUUCCAACAACAACAAAAGCAGCAACAGACAAGCAACAGAGCAGCUGCUUGUUGUUGCCUACUGUGGCAAAGGAAUCCUCACAGCUCUGUUGCACUAAAGUAGGUGCAAUAGACUUGCAGCAGGGUCCUGCAGAAAAGAAGGCAUUUUCACCACCAGCUGCUCCUCCUACUCCUGCAAAUACAGCUGUGGCCAACAGCUCUCAGAAAAGAACUGCUCCUGGGCCAGUGGUGGGUUGGCCACCAAUUCGUUCAUUUAGGAAGAAUUUAGCAAGCAGCAGCAGCUCUUCAAAGCAACAGCAAACAACUGACUCCCAGAGUGGAAACCCAAACAAGAAGGCUGCAACAAGUGACAAACCAGUUGAAGUUUGCAAGAAAGGCAUGUUUGUUAAGAUCAAUAUGGAUGGUGUCCCAAUUGGUAGGAAAGUGGAUCUUACAGCCUAUGACAGCUACCCAAGGCUCUCCACUGCUGUUGAUGAGCUCUUCAGAGGACUUCUUGCAGCUCAAAGAGAUUCCAGUGCUGGUGGAAACAUCAACAAGCAGCAGCAGGAAGGGGAAGAGAAAGCAAUUACAGGGUUAUUGGAUGGAAGUGGGGAAUAUACUCUUGUUUAUGAAGAUAAUGAAGGAGACAGGAUGCUUGUUGGAGAUGUCCCAUGGCACAUGUUUGUGUCCACAGUGAAGAGGCUUCGCGUUCUGAAGAGUUCAGAGGUUUCUGCUCUUAGCCUUGGAUGCAGCAAGCAGGAAAAGAUGGUGGCGAUGAAGUGA